AUCCCUAAACCAUCUUCUUGAUCGCCUUUUUUUACUUCUGAAAAUUUCAACUUUUUACUCCGUUGGUCGAGAUGGUACAGUCAGCGGUGGAAGUUCUAUUACCGUCGUCGUGGGAGAUUGAGGUUGCGGUGGUCGCUUCUGUAUUUUUAAUUGCUUCUUAUUGGCUAUUCGCUUACAGAGGAGGCGGAGAUGACGAUGUCGUUGGUGUUGGAUUUGAUCGGUCUCGUCUCAUGCAGAAUCUCGAUUCCGGUGACGCCAUCUUUGACAAAGACAAGAUAGGACAGUUGAGAGGAGAUACUCAAACUAAUGCUGCUUAUAUAAUCAAGGUUGAACUGUUGGCUGCUAAGAAUCUUAUUGGUGCUAACUUAAAUGGAACAUCAGAUCCUUAUGCUAUUGUUAAUUGUGGAUCAGAAAAGCGAUUCAGUUCUAUGGUCCCUGGCUCGAGAAAUCCAAUGUGGGGUGAAGAGUUCAAUUUUCCCACAGAUGAGCUUCCUGUUAAGAUCAGUGUAACAAUUCAUGAUUGGGAUAUCAUUUGGAAAAGUACUGUUCUUGGCUCAGUAACUAUUAAUGUUGAACGUGAAGGCCAAACGGGUCCAGUGUGGCACUCAUUAGACAGCCCAUCUGGGCAGGUUUGCCUUAACAUUAAUGCAAUCAAACUACCUGUAAAUGCUCCUAGGGCUGUAACUGGAUAUGCUGGAGCCGGUAGAAGAAGGGUCACAUUGGAUCAGCAAGGCCCAACAAUUGUACAUCAAAAGCCAGGGCCUCUGCAGACGAUAUUUGAUCUCCUCCCGGAUGAGGUUGUUGAGCACAGUUAUUCAUGUGCCCUGGAGAGGUCAUUCCUGUAUCAUGGCCGAAUGUAUGUUUCCGCGUGGCACAUAUGUUUUCACUCCAAUGUUUUCUCUAAGCAAAUGAAGGUUGUUGUCCCUCUGGGAGAUAUAGAUGAGAUCCGUAGAAGUCAACACGCAUUGAUAAACCCAGCUAUAACAAUCAUUCUACGGAUGGGUGCUGGUGGACAUGGUGUUCCCCCUCUUGGGACUCCUGAUGGUAGAGUGAGGUAUAAAUUUGCGUCGUUUUGGAACAGGAACCAUACACUAAAAGCAUUGCAACGUGCAGUUAAUAAUUAUCAUGCAAUGUUAGAAGUUGAAAAGAAGGAGAGAGCAGAGUCUGCUUUACGUGCUCAUAGUAGCUCUGUGAAAGGAGGUGGUAAAGUACAGGUCAAAGCUCCUGAAGAUACUGCAGCUGUACCUGUAAAGUUUCAGGCUUUCAUCAAGGAAGAAGUCCUUGUCAACAUCUACAAUGAUGUUUUUGCCAGCACACCUGAGCAAGUCCUGAACGUCUUGUUGGCUGAUGAUUCCACUUAUACUAAUGAGUACAGAUCUGCACGGAAGGAUAAAAAUCUUAAUAUUGAGCCGUGGCAUACUGCUGAAGAAUAUGAUGGUCAAGUUAGAGAGAUUAAGUUCAGAUCCAUUUGUAAUAGUCCGAUGUGUCCACCAGACACUGCUGUGACGGAAUGGCAGCACGUUGUUCUAUCACCAGAUAAGAAAGUGCUGGUUUUUGAAACUGUGCAACAGCCACAUGAUGUUCCUUUUGGUUCUUACUUUGAGGUCCACUGUCGAUGGCGCUUGGAAGCUAAAGACGAGACUUCAUCUGUUAUAGAUAUAAGAGUCGGUGUACAUUUCAAAAAAUGGUGUUUGAUGCAAUCGAAGAUUAAAGCAGGGGCAAUUGACGAGUACAAGAAAGAAGUGGAAGUGAUGCUAGAAGUGGCAUUGUCGUAUCUCAAGUCACACUCAUCCUCAAGUAGCCUUGGUGAUAUAGACAAGUCUGCUCUAUCAUCUCCAACACCAGAAAACAGCAGCUAAAACCCAAUUUACCAAAAUCAAGAAGCUUCUCAAAGUUUCAUUCUCCAGCCAGCCAAUUAUUUUUCUUCCUUUUUUACAUGUGAAAGUGUAUAUGCGGUAACGGUAAUUAGAAUGAAUAUUUACAGGGGCU